CUCUAUAGUAAAAAAACUCGCGCUACUUGCAUUGAUAUUAACGAGUUGUUGCUUCCUCCUCGAGAGAGCUCAACGGCGACGAAGCAGCGCGACGCGACGCGACGCCCUGCGGUGGCGUGGCAACACCGCAACAAUGGCGCCGCCGCCGCCGUCGCCGCCGUGCCGGCCGCGAGUCAAGCCCGAGCGCGCCCUUCUGUGCUUCUCCCUCCUCCUCCUCCUGACCGCCACCACGGCGAACGCCAGCAUCACCGACUGCCCAACUACAAGCAGCACCAACUCCAGCCAUGUCGACGACGGUGCCUUCGGGGCCAACCUCCGCGCUCUCCUCUCCUCCCUUUCCGCAGCCGCGGCGGCAUCGUCGUCGGGGUUCGCCGAGAACGCGACCGGCGCGGCGCCGGACACGGCGUACGGCCUCGCGCAGUGCCGCGGCGGCAUCGUCGGCGGCGGCAAUGGCACCAGCUGCCGCUCCUGCCUCGACGACUCGGUGCGGGACGCGGCCAAGGCGUGCCCCGGCGAGAAAUCCGCCGUGAUCAUCUCCGACUACUGCCUCGUCCGGUACUCCAACGCGAGCUUCGCCGGCGCCGCCGACGAGCGGACGGUGAAGCUCUGGUGGAACACGGACAACGCGACGCAGCCGGAGAGGUUCAAGUCGCUGCUGGGGACGCUGAUGGGCAACCUCACCGACGCGGCGGCGCGCGCGUCGUCGCCGCUGAUGUUCGCGGCCGGCGAGACCGACCUCCCGCCCUUCACCAAGAUCUACGGCAUGGCGCAGUGCACCCGCGACCUCGCCGCCGGCGACUGCUACCGCUGCCUCGUCGGCGCCGUCAACAACAUCCCGAAAUGCUGCGACGGGAAGCAGGGCGGGCAGGUCAUCACGAGGAGCUGCUCCAUCCGGUUCGAGGUGUACCCGUUCUUCGACGCCCAGGCCGCCAAGGCGGCCAUGUCGCCUGCGCCGGCGCCGGCGCCGGUGACGACGCCCACCGGGGUCAAUGGAAGUAAUCACACAGUCAGUAAGUCUGUGAUUGUCCCAGUUACUGUGGGAGUUGCCGUGUUACUAGUGGUAAUACUGCUGCUAAUUGCCCUUUGUCUGUGCAAGAGGAACAGAAAACCACAUAAGCAUAUGAUGAUUGGAAGCGUCGAUCUUGGAGAUGAAGACGAAAUGAGAGGCUCAGAAUCUCUCUUGUAUGAUUUGAGUACUCUAAGAGCAGCAACUGCCAACUUCUCAGAAGAAAAUAAGCUCGGAGAAGGUGGAUUUGGCCCAGUCUACAAAGGUACACUGCAAAAUGGUCAAGAGAUUGCAGUGAAGAGAUUGUCAGCAACUUCCCAUCAAGGGCAAUUGGAGAUGAAGAAUGAGGUAGUCUUGGUUGCAAAGCUUCAGCACAAGAAUCUGGUCAGGCUGCUAGGAUGCUGCAUCGAAGAACGGGAGAAAAUCCUAGUUUAUGAGUUCCUCUGUAACAAAAGCCUCGACACUAUCCUUUUCGACACUUCAAGACAGCAAGACCUUAACUGGGAGCAAAGAUUCAAGAUCAUUGAAGGGAUCGGAAGAGGGCUUCUUUAUCUUCAUGAAGAUUCAAGGCUCAAGAUCAUCCACCGUGAUCUCAAAGCUAGCAACAUCUUGUUAGAUGUAGACAUGAACCCCAAGAUAUCAGACUUCGGCCUUGCCAAGUUAUUUAACAUGGAAGCGAGCGUAGCAAACACUAGCAGGAUUGCUGGAACCUACGGAUACAUGGCGCCGGAGUACGCGCUGCACGGCAUCUUCUCGGCCAAAUCCGACGUCUUCAGCUACGGCGUGCUCCUCCUCGAGAUCGUCACCGGCCGCCGCAACACCUGCCUCCAUGACUCCGAGGAUCUCCUGGCAUUUGUCUGGAGGCACUGGAGCCGCGGCGGCGCCGGGGAGCUGCUCGACGGCUGCCCCGCCGCCGGCCGCCGGCCGCAGGAGCUUCUGCGGUGCAUCCACGUGGGGCUCCUCUGCGUGCAGGAGGACCCGCAGCUCCGCCCCGGCAUGGCGGCAGUCGUCGUCAUGCUCAACAGCCGCUCGGUCACGCUGCCGGCGCCCUCGGCGCCGGCGUUCGUCUCCGCGAGCCGUGGGAUCGGCGGAAGCCCGCCGCCGGCGGCGGCGGCGGGAGAUGCGCCGGCGAGGAGCACGGAUCACGAGGUUCCUACGGCUGCUCGAUAGCCGUCGAUCAACGGCGCUUCUGUCUCUGAACUAGAGCCCCGGUGACAUCGGAGAUUCGGAGGACUGACGGCUGGGCCCGGCUUAUGUUUCUGCUCUGAAUUUGAAAAUUUGUUGCUCGUUUUGCAUUCAAAAUUUCUCUCGGAUUUAAUGCAUUUCUGUAUGCCGUUCAGUGUUGGAGUAGUUAAGUGGAUAUGAAAAUGUAAUGACGGCUUUGUAAUUUAAAUUUUUCGACGAGCUUAGCAA